AUGAAUUCCAAAAAUAAUUAUAACAAUGACAGUUCGAGUGAAGAUGAUCUAUAAGUGUAUGAAACACUCACAAAAUUGGCACCCCCAAAUGAAUUGUUGCCUCGUAAAUUAACCAUUGACAUUGAUGUGAAAUCAUUAUAUCCUCUCAAGUAAUUAAUUGUUCAUCUUUUAAGGCCACUCCCCCAAUUUUGUAAGACCUACACGACCUUCAUUGAGGAGUCCUCAUAACGAGAAUGCUCAAUUCCUGACGUUUAGGUGACUGAUGAGAAUAGAACACUACUUGAUUAUUACGAUGAGAAUAAGCAAAAUUUAGUAUACAAACGAUUCGACCAGUUAGAUUUAGGCAAAAGGACUUCAAAUGACCGAACAUAUUUUGCAAGUCUCUUAGCCAAUUUUAAGAGAGCACAACCAAGAGUCUUCUUCAGAGGAGAAGCACUUUUUGAUUAAAAAUUAACACCCUGUCCUUCUAAUUCAAUAUAAUUUGAUUCCAAUUUUGAAUCAGGCAAUCUAUUUUGUGCAUUCAAGAAAGCAGAAAAUGUUUAUGAUCUCAUAAUUCAAAAUGAUAUUAAUACAAGAGGCAACACAUAAUGGUUCUUUUUUAGUGUAACUGGAGCCAAAGCAGGUUAAACAAUUUAGUUCAAUAUCCUCAAUCAUCUCAAAACUGGGAGUCUCUUUAAUGAAGGCUUACAACCAGCUGUCUAUUCUGUAAAAGAAAACUAGUUAGUAGGCACUGAAUGGUGUAGAGAGGGAUUCAACAUCAGUUAUUUCAAAAGCGUGUUCAUUAAGGAAUAUCCACUCUCUUUGAAGAAGAAAUACUAUCAAUUAAGAUUUCAUUAUACAUUUAAGCAUGAAGGAGACAAAGUUUACUUUGCUCAUUCGUAUCCUUACACUUAUACAAACCUGUUGGAAUUCCUGAACACUCAAUUGGAAGAUCAAGAAAGAAAUUAAUACUUAUCUCGAAAAGUAUUGUGUACAACACUCGGUGGAAACACUUGUGAAGUCCUUACUAUCACUUCGAAUUCGUUGUAAAGGAGGGCUUUUCGAAAAGGAGUAGUGUUUCUAGCAAGAUAACAUCCUGGAGAACCACAGGGAUCUUAUGUUAUGCAAGGAAUAAUAGAUUUUCUAACCUCCAAUAAUCCUUAAGCAGAGUAUUUGAGGCAGAAUUGCAUUUUCAAAAUAUUCCCGAUGAUGAAUUCGGAUGGAGUGGUCAAUGGAAAUUAUAGAUGUGGUCUUGAGGGGGGUGACUUAAAUAGAAGAUGGAAGAAGCCCAACAAAUAUUUACAUCCGAGUGUUUAUUAUGCGAAAAAAUAUGUAAAAGGGUUUAGUAAGGAAAGACAGAUCUUGCUGGUGGUUGAUUUGCAUGGUCAUUCAAGAAAACAAUCAUCAUUUGUAUAUGGUUGUGCUUACUCAUCUUAAGUCAAGACUAUUGAAAGAGUGUUUGCACUUUUGAUGUCAAAAGUAAAUCCUUUCAUGGAUUAUUCCUCUUGCACAUUCAGGGUCGAGAGUGCAAAGGAUAAAACUGCCAGGAUCUAGUUGUGGAGAGAACUCAAAAUCAACUGGGUUUAUACUUAUGAGUGCAGUUUCUAUGGUCAAUAGAAGAGGCAUUAUUAAAUAAAGGAUUAUUUGAAUUGUGGUGUGAGUAUAUGCAAUGCCUUGUCCCAAAUAGUUAAGGAUACUACCAAGGAGUUCACGAAUUAAGCGAAUUAGCCAGAUAUUCAGUAGUAGAUGUUGGAAGAAUUGGGCAAGAUGCCUCAGACUGAUGACUAAGACAUAGGAUCAGAUUCGAGUCAAUCUGAGGCAGAAUUAUCAGAUGAUGAGUUGGUUUAAUUGUUCCAGCCAAAGACCUAUUCAAUCAAAUAGAAAAAUCGAUCAAAAUAAUAGGAAACAAAUAAUAAAAAGAAAUUUUAAUAGCCCAAUAGUAAUUUAAAAUCAACAAUAGCUUCACAAAAAGCGUCAAUCUUGUAGGAGUCCCCUUCUAAGAAUUCAGAACAAAGGCCCCCUAUGAGUAGCCAAAAGCCAAAGAAUCCUUUGUAUAGAAUCCAAGCUCCUCAGAGAGUGAGACAGACAGAUCAAGUUAAAUAAGUAGAGCCUCCCCUUAUGGUUGACAAAUCGGUAUAGACUGAUGAUUGGAUGUAUCGUUAAUGGCUGAUUCAGAUGGGAAAGUUAAAAAAGUAGCAAGAGUUCCAGAGCAUUACACCAACUCGAAAUAUUUACAAGUCAUCAUCUCAAUCAGUGACUAGAUUUGUUGUCAAGAAUUCCACAACGAAGAAUGACCGAGGCCGAGUUGAAUCCAUUUCCCUCAUGGCGUCUGGUUUGCAAAAUAAAUUAAGUAAUGUCUAAUUAGCAAAUUAGUUUCUUCUAGCCAAUAGCGCUAAAUGA